AUGAGUACCGAAUCCAUGAUGCUUGAUUCCAUGCACGACCAGCUUGCGACCAUGUGGGUAGUUCCGGUCCAAGCAGUCCUGCGAAUGGAGGGGCCACCGAAGCCUCAUCAGGAGCUUCGGGAGAGUGGGCUUGUGGUGAGACGUGAAGCCUCCCACAAGACGAUCUUUGUAUCGCACCAAUGGCUAAGCAUCUUUCAUCCUGACCCAGACGGGCAGCAAACUCGUGUUCUGCGAGAAGCUCUGCGGCACAUCAUCGAUGGCAAAGUCCAGGCAGAGUCGGACAUUGUUUCACAGUUUUACGGGAAGAGCCGACGGUUUACGGCGUCCGAACGUCGUCAAGUAAAGGACGCAUGCAUCUGGCUCGAUUGGUUUUCCGUCCCGCAGAAUAUGGAGGGACCGAAGGAUGAGCAUGCGCUGUCUAAACUCCGCACAGAGCAGCUCCUGUGCAUCCGAUCCAUUCCCAGCUAUGUGGAAUCUUCGGAGAUGUUCCUGGCUCUUGUUCCACCGCUCCAGAAUGCAUCGACGACAGACUACUGUGACUUUACCAGUUGGUUCGGCCGCGGUUGGUGCAGGACCGAAAUGUGGUGCAAGCUGCUGUCGCGAGAUUCAUCUAUGCCAAUGGUUAUGGUUUAUGGCGAGGACAAAGCCGAGUUUGUUGGGUCCACAAGCUGGGUUCAGGCUUUAGUUCACGAAGGCGACUUUGCGGUGGAGUCUGACCGCAGGCUGUGCUGCAAGGUAGUGCAAGCUGCUCUCGAAGAAAAGCUGCAGCAGCUUGCACGCGACAAGAAGCAGCGGAAUUUGUUCAGGUAUUUUGCUGCCCGGUACGAGGAUUUCAUUGGACUGCAAGCUCCCCAACGAAGUAUGGAGAGUUUCCUGGAGCAUUUCCAGUUCGCAUCGCUGGGCUCGGCAUUAAAGCAAACCUCGGGCAUGGGAGCUGUCGCAUGCGCAGCCUUAUCUGGAGACACAGCCAUGGUACGGAAUUUGGUCGAGAUGAGGGCUUUGAUUGAAACAGCGCUGCCAGAACUUUGGCAGGUGGCUUUGCCUAUCAAGGCCACCCCGCUGAUCAUGACUCUCACACGUGGGGACCGAGGUCAGGCAUCCCUCGUGGAGCUUCUCAAAUCAAGGGCGGACCCGAACAGCUGUGACGGCAAUGGCGGAGCGGCUCUUUGCUACUGCACAACCCCCGAAGCUGUGGACUUGCUGGUGGAGUACCGUGCAGAUGUGAACCUCCGCAAGGCACCCACCAUGAUGGCUCCCAUCUCUGGCAUGUGUGCCAGAGGGGCGCCACCAGAAGCCGUGACAAGACUUCUGGAGCUCCGAGCAGAUGUCAACCUCUCUGAUGGUGGCCUCGGCCAAACAGCCAUUGUCUAUUUGACCAUCUUCUUCUCGGGCAACAUGCGUGGUCUCCAGGUGGCCGAUGUGCUCCUACGGGCAAGGGCAGAUGUCAAUAAGAUCAGCAAGAUUGCGCCGGCCGUCCAAGUCGUUGAGUACUGUGCACGUGCCUUCAAGUUGUUCAAGAAGGAACUGCCGCUGCUGAUCUCUUGGUUGGCCGAGGGCGGCACAACUGCUCUUGGUGCUGCGUGCUUCUUCGGAUCGCAAGAGAUGGUGCGCGUCCUCCUUGAUGCCAGAGCAGACCCGAAUAUGCGCAACCGGCGUGGGCACACUCCUUUUCAGCUCGCCAGACACGCUUUCAUCCGCGACGCCCUCUGCAAUUGGCAGCCCGAGAAGGUGGCUCACGAGCAAGCCGAUUUUGAUCAUGCAGAUGCCCGAAUGACAACUGAUGCUGUAACUUCGCAGAACUCAUGGAGCAUUGCCUCUGGCACAAUCGAAGAUUUAGUCAGGACGGAGCUCUAA